AUUGGUGGACGAGGCGUCCAUCACGAUCCAUCCCAAUCCAGCCGAUUGCCAAUUGAGGUCGAGGUGCCUCCCUCGGGCCCUCCCUCGCAGGCUGGCAAGAAGAGAGCAGCGCUAGACGGGAAGAAAUUGACGAGGCGAAGGAGGAGAGGGCGACGAGCAGGAGCACCAGCAGAGUCGGCAGAUGGCCAUGGCAAUGGCGGCAGGAGGGUGUUUGUGUUCGACUUCGGCGUCCUGUGUUCUGCUGCAGCAGCAACCGCAGAAAAGCGGGAUUAGAAGUAGGGGCCAGGCGCAAGGGAAUUUCGUAGCGUGGAGCGGGAGAAUUCAGGGGCCUGUUCCUUGUAGCUCGUCGCUGUUGCAAAGAUCGACAGUUCAAAGUGAGAGGAGAGCGGGUCGAGUGGUGAUUUGCCAUGUGGCUACGAAGAUUGGAGAUGCGCAAUCCAGUGAAGGCAAGGAAACGGAGAUUGGUCCCGGAAGUAAAAUUAGAGUUAAAGAGUCGCUAGUUGUAUACCAUGUUGGGAAGCUGCCGAAUUUGAAUCUGCAGGGUCUAGAAGGCGAAGUGAAAGAGCACAUAGUUGAGUGGAAGGGCAAAACCGUCUCCGCCACGUUCCCUUACAAAGUCCAGUUCUUCAAAGAGGUGGAUGGAAAGCAAGUCAAAUUCUUCGCCCAUUUGAGGGAUGACGAGUUUGAAGUCAUACAAUAAACUGGCACUAUGAAUGGUGCGUGUCUGAAGAGAAUUCCCUUGAGCCUCCCACAAUUAGAAUUUGGAAGCUGCCGGUAUCCGCAAAUGGAGAUCGAGAUCCUGUUCUUGGUUGUAAAUUGAAAAUUCUCCUCUUUAGCUGCAAAGGUAGAAAGAGGAGAUGAGACGCUGAGGUGCUGUGAGCAGAAGUUUUUGUUUUGUGAUUGUUGAUUCGGUCCAGUGCCCAUCUCUGUGUCGUAUAUAUGUCCACUGUCUUGUGCAUAGAGGAGAAAUUUGCUUCAAGGCUGUGCGUGCGUGUAAAGAAUAGUCGGUCUUCUUUUUCAUCCAGAAGGCAAUGUAAUUUCUCUGUAAGUAACGAUCGUCGUACAUUCUCUGAACAUGAGGAGAACGAGAGCACGGCCUAAUUUCAUUCUACUUUCUGCUCUAUGAAAGACAGUUGUAACUCAGGCUUCAAUUUUCUACUAGUUGAUGGAAAACUGUUCUUGAACAU